AUGCUAGUCUCCUUAAAAAAUCGAAUAUAUGAAUUCACAUUCAAAUAGAUCAACAGCAUACAUCCAUUCCUGCAUAAGAUUAUACUGAAGUAAUUGGACCAUCUUCAAUUAGAAUAAUAUUACAAAUAGGUAAAGGUUCAUUUGGGAGAUGUUUAUUUGGUUGAAAAGAGAAUAACUGGUAGACCUAAUCAAGGACCAAAAUUAGCUAUGAAGGUUUUGCCUAAGAACAAAUUCCUUGGAUAAAAUUUAUUAAGAUACGCACUAACCGAAAGAAAUAUUCUGUCUUAUUUGAAUCAUCCAUUCAUUGUUAAACUAAGAUAUGCAUUUCAAACGAAUACUCAUUUAUGUUUACUCAUGGACUUUUGUCCUGGUGGUGAUCUGUCUAAAUUAAUUCAAAGACAGCAAAGAUUGUCAGAAUAAUAAGCCAAAUUGUACUUUGCUGAAAUAUUGACUGCUUUAGAACAUUUACAUUCAAAUGACAUAAUCUACAGAGAUUUGAAACCUGAGAAUAUUGUUAUAGAUUAAUAUGGACAUGCAAUGCUAACAGAUUUUGGAUUAUCGAAAGAAGGGAUACAUGACAAUUAUGGAGCCAAGAGCUUUUGUGGCUCUAUGGCAUAUUUAGCACCAGAAAUGCUUAAAAGAGUAGGCCAUGGUAGAGCUGUCGAUUGGUAUCAUAUGGAAGGGAUCUUAUUAUAUGAAAUGAUUACUGGUCGACCACCAAUAACAUUCAAUUUCCAGAUACAAUUACCAAAGAAUGCAAAUCUAUUAUUUAAUCCUCUAUUGAUCAAAAAUCCUAUGUAGAGAUUAGGUGCCUCAUAAAGAGAUGCCGAUGAAAUUAAGGAUCAUCCAUUUUUAAAACAAAUAAAUUGGAAGGAUUUAUUGAAUAGAAAAUACAAACCACCAAUCCCAGUGAUAAAUGAAGAGAUACUUAAUUAAAAAUUUGAUAUUCCUUUUGAUUUUAUACUUUCUGCAGAUAAAUCUAGUGCAAUAAAUUACAUCAAUGGGUGGUCUUUUGUUAAUAAUGACUUUGUGCAGUUUUGA